AUGCAGUUCAAACCAAAGAAGCCUGUGACAUUACCAACGGCCCCACCACCAACCGUCUUUCGCACCUUUUCACCUACUGAUCUCCUACCGUUCAACGGCAAAAACGGAGCUCCUGUUUAUCUUGCAGUUCGAGGACGUGUUUUUGACGUUACUCCAGGCAGGAAUUUUUACGGACCAGGCGGACCAUAUGAGAACUUUGCCGGUCGAGAUGCUACUCGUGGAUUAGCCUGCCAGAGUUUUGAUGAGGAGAUGCUCACCAAAGAUCUAAAGGGGCCACUAGAUGAUUUGAAAGGACUGGGACAAGAGGAACUCGAGAAUCUGAGAGGGUGGGAGGAACGGUUUUUGGAGAAGUAUCUUGUCGUUGGGAAGCUGGUUGCUGAAGGGGACCCCGCUCUAAAGGCAUGA